UUUACUCGGAUGACUACGCACAAGCAGUCGAUAGCUUCAAGAACUCUUUCAAGAAGUUUUUAAACAACUAUAGCUCACAAGACAAACGCGUGAAAUUGGCAAUUGAAAAAAUGAAAAACAAUGUAAGUGCGGUGCUAGCUUCCAAACCUGCCUAUGUUGUAUUUGAAAAGAGGGAGAACAUUGAACUGGAAGAGUUAUACGGCGCGCAUACCAAGAAAAGCGUAUACCAGAAUAAGAUCGUCCUCGUUUAUUCAAACAAUAACGAGAAUAAUGCUGGGCCUUCAACCUUCAAGGCGCAGCCAGGACCCACCAAAUAAGAAAAGAACAAGUUUCGAGCCAAAUACACGCUCAAAAAAAAAAGCGCUUAGAAGCCGGAGAUAUCAAACACUUGUUAUUCAAUCAAAAAUACAUACCUUGUUUGGUAAUUUUUGUUCGAAUAACGUCUUGAAUCUCGCUAGCCCUGGAUUAAUUCCAGAAAGAUUCAAAGUCGAAAAACAGCAAUAAAGAAAGGGCUAGAGAUCGCGUUGUCAUUAGCAGCAAAUGAUCAGGAGAGCCAGCUCCUUAUCUGACUCUCCAAUACCAAAUCGCUCAAAGACAUUGAGUCUCUUGUCAAGAGUAUA